CCCAUUCAACCACUCGCCUCUCUGUUCCAGUGUGUUUACUACACUGCCGAGCAUAAGGGAGACACUCGUCUUCACAUGCACUGAACCCACUAAGAAAAACAGUUUUUAGUUGUAUUUGUAAGAAAACCUCCAAGAGAUCAACAUGCCCAAGAGAAAGAACGCAUCAGCAACAGGAGACGAAAGGGAUGAGCCCCAGAGGAGAUCAGCUCGGUUAUCAGCGAGACCGGCCCCACCCAAGCCGGAACCAAAGGUCAAGAAGGCAGCAAAGAAAGAAAAGGCUGUGAACGACAAGAAGGAGGACAAGAAGACCAAGAAGGCAAAGGAGAACGCAGAGGCGGAGGCAAACGAGGAAAACCACUCUGAGAACGGAGAGGCCAAGACCAACGAGGUGGAGGCAGCCCCCGAGGAGGCCAAGGAGGAGGCCAAGUCCGAGUAGCACCACUGCCCAAGCUUCCUCCUCCUCUACAAUCCCCCCUUCCCCCCCUGAACCCCAAGCCAGCCAGCCAGCCCCCCCAAGUCUCUCACAUGGUUUCCCUCCAAGGCGUAUUGUUAACAGAGGAAUAUUUUUAUCAAUGAUUUUAUAAGUAUCCGUACAGAUUUUUAGCACAAAACGCAAAGCUGAUUAUGGAGCGCCUUGCAGAUUUGCAGUGGUCAUAUCAAGUGUCUGCAAGCAAGAUGAACACACUAAAAUCUUUUUUAAAUGGCAUUUCAUGAUUGUUGAAGGCUUGUUUGGUGUAGAAAGUGCGUCCCUUGCCGGAUUGGCUAUGUUGUGAGUUGUGUAUUCCUGUGUUUUUCCUCCUUCCCCCGCUCUCCCUUCCUCCUCCUCCUCCCCUCUUCUUCCUCCACAGAUUAGACCUUCCUCCCCCUUACAGUUCAGCCUUUAUCCAUGUUUUAUUAACGGUUCAGCCAUGUUAAUGUGGGUGAUUCUUUUAGACCUCUAAAUGUGCAGUGAGUUCCCUUUGCUUCUGUCUCUUGUUUUUUUUUUUUUUUU